GCGUCCUCCUGGCCCCUCCCCCCAAGAUGGCGGCGCCCGCGGGCCCGGGGAAGUUCUGGAAGCCGGGCACAGAAGGUCCUGGUGUCAGCAUCUCAGAGGAGAGACAGAGCACUUCUGAAAUUAAUGGUGUAAACAUCAUCUAUAAUCCUUAUGCUUCUCUUUCUAUUGAACAACAGAGACAAAAGUUGCCAAUUUUUAAGCUUAGAAAUCACAUACUGUACCUGGUGGAAAACUAUCAGACUCUGGUGAUUGUUGGAGAAACAGGAUGUGGCAAAACCACCCAGAUUCCACAAUACUUAGCAGAAGCUGGCUGGACGGCUGAAGGGAGGGUAGUUGGAGUGACUCAGCCUCGCAGAGUUGCUGCUGUUUCAGUUGCAGGCCGAGUGGCUGAGGAAAGAGGCGCUAUGCUGGGUCAUGAUGUUGGAUAUUGUAUUCGUUUUGAUGAUUGCACAGACCCUCAGGCUACAAGAAUUAAGUUUCUGACUGAUGGUAUGUUGGUGAGGGAGAUGAUGGCUGACCCAUUACUAACAAGAUACAGUGUCCUCAUGCUGGAUGAAGCGCAUGAAAGAACCCUGUAUACAGACAUUGCCAUUGGCUUAUUAAAAAAGAUUCAAAAGAAACGAGGGGAUCUGCGACUGAUUGUAGCAUCGGCUACCCUGGAUGCAGAGAAAUUUAGAGAUUUCUUCAAUCAAAAUGAGACUAGUGACCCCAGCAAGGAUACCAGUGUGAUUCUUACUGUGGAAGGGAGAACUUUUCCAGUGGAUGUCUUUUAUAUACAGAGCCCUGUUCCAGAUUAUGUCAAAUCAACUGUAGAAACCGUGAUGAAAAUUCACCAGAUGGAGAGUGAUGGGGAUAUAUUGGCCUUUCUAACUGGCCAGGAGGAAGUAGAAACUGUUGUUUCUAUGCUGAUAGAACAGGCUCGAGCCCUUUCUCGUACUGGGAUGAAGAAACACCUCCGUGUUCUCCCUUUGUAUGCUGGGCUUCCUUCCUCUGAGCAGAUGAAAGUAUUUGAGAGGGUUUCACACAGUGUCAGAAAGGUGAUUGUGGCCACCAAUAUUGCUGAAACAUCCAUUACCAUUCAUGGGAUCUCAUCUGUGAUUGACUGUGGCUUUAUGAAACUUCGGGCCUAUAAUCCCAAAACAGCCAUUGAAUGCCUUGUAGUUGUUCCAGUGUCAAAGGCAUCAGCUAAUCAGAGAGCAGGACGUGCAGGCCGAAACCGCUCUGGAAAAUGUUAUAGGCUUUACACAGAGGAAGACUUUGAGAAGUUGCCACAGUCCACUGUUCCAGAAAUGCAGCGGAGUAACCUGUCACCCGUCAUAUUGCAGUUGAAAGCUUUGGGAAUUGACAAUGUGCUCAGGUUCCCCUUCCUCUCUCCACCCCCUGCACAAUCAAUGGUGCAAGCUUUGGAAUUGCUGUAUGCUUUAGGAGGUUUGGAUAAACACUGUCGUCUAACAGAACCUCUUGGUAUGAGAAUAGCAGAGUUUCCUUUGAACCCUAUGUUUGCAAAGAUGCUGCUGGAAUCAGGAAAUUUUGGCUGCUCCCAGGAAAUCUUGAGUAUUGCUGCCAUGAUGCAGAUUCAGAAUGUGUUUGUGCUCCCUCCAAACCAAAAAGCACAAGCUACAAGGCAACACAGAAAAUUUGCUGUGGAAGAAGGCGAUCAUCUCACUAUGCUAAAUGUUUAUGAAGCUUUUAUUAAACACAGCAAGAGUUCUCAGUGGUGUCAGGAGCACUUUCUAAACUACAAAGGGCUUGUCAGAGCCACAAUUGUGAGAGAGCAGCUGAAAAAGCUUCUUGUCAAAUUUAAAGUACCGAAGAAGUCCAGUGAAGGUGACCCAGAUCCCGUUUUGAGAUGUAUAGUUUCUGGAUUCUUUGCUAAUGCAGCCAAAUUCCACUCCACAGGAGCUUAUAGGACCAUCCGUGAUGACCAUGAACUGCACAUUCAUCCCACCUCAGUGCUGUAUGCAGAGAAACCUCCUCGCUGGGUAGUCUACAAUGAGGUCAUACAGACCUCCAAGUACUACAUGAGAGAUGUGACUGCUAUUGAAUCUGCUUGGUUAUUGGAACUGGCACCUCACUUUUACCAACAAGGAACGGUACGGAAUCGACAUAGACCCCAAACGCACCUUUCCUUGAGGGCAAAAAGAGUUAAAGUGGAUGACCAUUGAUUUGAAAUGGCUAUUGAGCCUUAUGACAUCAGAUGCAGAACCUACCACUGAUUCAAGCUGGCUACAGUCCAUUCAGCAGUCAGUUCAUUAGCAACUUGACCUUACAUCAACUAAAUGUUUAAAUGCCUGCUAGGAUCCUAUAGGGGUUUAUGCAUGACCAAUACCUUGUAAACCUAAGUAGAGCUUGCAUUGCAGACAUUUUAUUCCUUGGCCUAAUUGACCACUCUUGUUAACCUGGGUAUGUUGCUCCUUUUAAUAGGUAGACAAAUGAUCAAAAUAUUAAGGGGAUACACAGGACCACAAAGAACUAAAACCUCCGGGUAGGAAAUUGUAUCCUUGGAGUGGUUCAGCAGCCCAGGAGAGUGGGGAGCAGGGCUCAGAGAACCCCAUCUCCUUUUACUUAGAGCACUGUGAAUACUGCUGGCCAUAUUCCUGACAGCAGUGAGCUGGCCCUUGAAACACAAUGGCCUGCCCUGGAAACCUUGACACUGUGUUUGACUGAGUCUGACUGCUGCGUUGUUGCUCUGAAGCAGUAGAAUCCUUCUUUGAGCCAGUUGAGCUUUCCCUUUGUUCCCCAUCACGUAAAGUUGUUUUGUAGAUAGCUCUGUGUUUAAAAUGUGUGGUUUCCAUACAUGAAAAGCACUACUCAGCAGUGGGGAAAUCUUUGGGCUUCUUGUCACUCAGCUUUUUAAGAAGGGGCUGUGUUUUUUGAUCAGUCUCCUGGGGUGUAUGCACAUGUUGUCAGAUGGGGUUCAUGCAAGAUCACAGGUGAGGCUUCACUUUAUUUUCUGAAUAAGAGAGAAGGUGCAAACCUCUUGCACACAAGAUUUCAGCAAGGGAAAUCUCAUGGGAAUACUGCUUUUGGCAAGAUUCAGCAAAGAUGAAAAUGCUCUGGACUUCCUUAAAUCAGGAACAUUACAAAAAAUACUUUUUAUUGAAAGAAAACUUGCUCAUUGCUAUUGGAACCCUUCUCUUAUCAAAAUGGGAGACAGGGAGUUUGUGGCAGCUGCUGGUUUAGCAGGGACCCCAAGAUCACCUAUCCAUAAAGAACUCUACUCCUUUGUGUUUAAGCCAUAAUAGCUUGGAUACUUGUAUUUAUUUUUCUUACCUUUUUAUAUUUAUUUCUGAAACAUGUUGUUUUAAAGUUUUAUUUUUGUAAGGAGAUUGGUUUGGUGGCUGAGCCUCCUGGGCUUAACACGUUACCAAUAAUUUUAUUUCCAUUUUUUUUAAAGUAUGUAAAUAAGCAAAUCUUUUUACAUAGAAUAAAUGUUUUCCUCACCCCAGGGCUGCCUUAUAAGUCAUUUUGAGGACGUUCUUUGCAUUCUACCUCCCACAAACCUGCAGAGAAAGCUUGUUCUGUCAUAUGAAAUAUGUGGUCUAUGCAAUGGCUAUGUACUGAUUGCCAGCACAACAAAGAGAUGUUAGCCUCAAUAUAUGGUGCCAGCAGCAUGACGCACUGGAUUUCCCCAUGCCAGUCCAUCUUUUCUCUCUUUCUUAGAAUGUAAGCUCUGUGGGGCAGGUAUUGUCUUUGUUUACUAUUCAUUGUCAAGAACAUUGUUGGCACUAAAUAAAAAAGAUCCACUUUGCUGUUUUUUUUUCUUUGAAGGGGUAGAGAGCGCUGAAUACAAAGACUUGUAAAUUUUCCAUGUUGCUUUGUCCUCUGGAAACAUUCUUUAGAAAAAUAAAACCAUUGAAUCAAGA